CGUCGCGGUGAAGCUUCUCUACGAAUCGUGGAAAUAAUAUUUUAUUCCAAUAUACAGUGAACAUACCGAUGAAAACUGUUCGACUCCUGAUACUGAAUCCUCUGUCGACUUAAGAAUCAAUCCCAGAUCUCAAUGUUUGACUGACCUGGACAAUGGACGACUCAUUUUUGCUAAUAUGGGUUCUUGAUACUAAAUUACAUAACUUUUACACUUGAUGGCAAUGGCUAAUGCACUCGAAAUCAUAUAUUAAACACCUUUUAUUUGCUAUUUGGGAGGUGUUCUAAUGGACCUGCCAAACGAGGCUGUGUAGGUGUGGAUUUGCCUUUGACAUUAUGGGUUGUGGAGGCUCCAGGACAGAUGUGUUGGAACCGAGAUACAUGGAAAGCUGGACCAAAGAGACAGAGUCCACUUGGCUGACCAGCACGGACACAGACAUCCCCCUGUCCUCCAUCCAAAGCAUCCCCUCAGAAAACUCUUCAGAGGUGGGCUUUCCUUCAGAGAAAACUGCCAACCUGGAUCUCUUUGAUGAUGGUCUGCCGACACCAGCUCAGGCUUAUCUGAAAGUGUGUUCUGCCAUGUCUGAGGUGGGCCUGAAUGACAUGAAAACUGGCAGCACCCCAGCAAUCCUCUCUUCUCAAGAGCAGGAUGUGCUGUCUUCAUCUGCUACCACUGUGCAGAGGAGAAGUGUGCUGCGGACUGAAGAAAUAACCAAAUGGCAGGACAACAGGAUGUCCACCAAGCAAGUGACCAUCACUGUGACUCAAAGUAUCCGACAGGUGGACAAGAGCGGAAAGGUCAAGGAGACAUCGCAGACCACCUAUGAGCUGAUGAAGCCGGUGGACGGUCUGAUGGCCGCAGCGAUCGACUCGGUGCCUCAGUGAGGUUCAAGACCUCAUGAAGAUUGUAUCUGGAUUGCCUGAAAGCUUUGGUGAAGGAGUGGACCAAAGAAGUACAAAGCAGGGACGACCUAAAUGAAGAAAUUCAUCAGUGCUGCGAUUAACGGGUUUCAUUCAAGGGUCAAAAAAAGUUUUGUUUUUUGUUUUGUUUUUUCUGGUUACAUUUGACCACUUUAUAAAUGUCUAUUUUUAAUGUACAUCUUAUCUUUAUAGUGCGUGUCAAAAUAAUGUUAAAUGUUGUUUUCUGAUGGCAACAAAAUGAGUCUUAGUAAAGGAUCUACUGUACACACACUGAAAGCACAUGACGGAUCAAGAAGUGCAAUUGAGUGGCGUACUGACUGACUUUAAGUGUUCAAAAAAGUUAAUUGUUUAACAAAAUACCAACAACAUAUGUGUUUUGUUUUGUUUUUUUUUUUGUUAGUUUGUUUGUUUCCAGUGGCUUAAAGUUGAUGUACUGCAUUUGAUUUUAGAUUUGAAAAUCAGGGCUCUUUUGUACAUCCUGCACACUUGCAGUACUACCACAAUAUUGUUGCCUUCAAACAUUUGCUUAAAGCCUGAUUACAGUUUCUGUAGCAAAUACUACUGGGGGAAAAGGGUACUGGAUGCUCAGUUGUGUUAUUCCAAUACUGUUUGAUACAUCACUGCUUUACUGACUGAAAGAUGUUAUUUAUUGCAGAGUUAUUAAAUAUUUAUUGCUGUCAUUUGGAAAA